AUGACAGAACGUAAGAAGGAGAACAGUAAGAAAUGUGUAAAUCGCACGGUGAAAAAACGAGUAAAUUUGGGGCCGUAUGGUGCGGAGGUAAACGGACAAGAAAAGACAGGACGACCGGUAAAGCCGCGGGGUGGUCUUGGUCUUGGAAAAGCAGGUGCAAGAAGAUUAGGCCAAAUGCUGAAGAGAGCCAUCCAAGACAAUCAAAAAGUCCACGGCACUGACCCUGAACGAAUGCCAAACACGCCUAUUCGCCUUCUGAAACACACUGCUAAAUCAGCCAAGCAGUGUGGGCCUACGGGAACGUCUCCCGGACCACGAGUGUCCCAGCUGAUUCUGAACGUGGUCUCGCAGUGUAAGCGCCGGGGCGGUAUCUCAAUGGAUGAACUAAAACGUGCCCUGGCUGAUGGUGGUUACGACGUGACGAAGAACAACAGCCGUGUGAAUCAGACAGUGAGGGGUCUAGUGCGAAGAGAGACGUUAGUACAGACUGCUGGCUGCGGCGCCUCCGGUUCAUUUAGAAUCAAUAUAAAGGCGGAGAAGCCCAGCGCCCGCGGGGUCAAAAGCGCGGCCCAAACGGAAAAGAACCAGAGCGACCAAGAAGCCUGCUUCCAGGAGGACGUGAACUUUAGUGGACGCCGUGACGAGAUGCGGGUCGACAGACGACGGUUGUUUGAGACUACCCUGCUACUUCACUGA